AACUCUGAGACCAUUAAAAACCAUGUAACCAGAACUAAUUCCAGCAGUACUUCGAAGAAUUCCUCUUUCAGUUGUGACAAAGGAUCACGAAGUGCAGACUUUGAUCACAUUAUGGAGGAAGGCUAUGAGCUUGACCUCACCUACAUCACAGAGCGGAUCAUCGCUGUCUCCUUCCCUGCCAGCUGUUCUGAGGAAACUUACCUCCACAAUCUGCAAGAUGUAACCCGAAUGCUCAAAUCCAAACAUGGAGAUAAUUACUUGGUGUUGAAUCUCUCUGAAAAGAGAUAUGACCUCACCAAGCUCAACCCAAAGAUCGUGGAUGUGGGGUGGCCUGAUCUCCAUGCUCCGCCUCUCGAUAAGGUGUGCACCAUCUGCAAGGCUAUGGAGUCAUGGCUGAACAGUGAUCCUCAACAUGUGGUGGUGAUCCAUUGCAGAGGAGGCAAAGGAAGGAUAGGGGUGGUCAUAUCAUCAUACAUGCACUUCACCAAUGUUUCUGCAAGUGCUGAUCAGGCUCUAGACAGAUUUGCUAUGAAGAAAUUCUUUGAUGAUAAAGUUUCAGCUUUAAUGCAGCCAUCCCAAAGAAGAUACGUGCAGUUCUUAAGUGGCCUUCUCUCUGGAUCUGUGAAAAUGAAUGCAACUCCUAUUUUCCUGCACUAUGUUAUCCUUCAUGGCAUCCCUAGCUUUGAUGCUGGAAGAGCUUGUCAGCCUUUUCUGAAGUUAUACCAGGCUAUGCAACCAGUUUAUACAUCUGGAAUAUAUAGCGUAGGAUCAGAGAAUAAAAGCCGGAUCUGCAUUGCUAUAGACCCUGCCCAGCUUCUGAAGGGAGAUAUUAUGCUGAAGUGUUACCACAAAAAGUACCACUCAGCUACUCGUGAUGUGGUUUUUCGCCUUCAGUUUCACACUGGAGCUAUUCAAGGAAAUGGCCUGGUGUUUGGCAAAGAGGACUUGGACAAUGCCAACAAAGAUGACCGUUUCCCUGAUUAUGGCAGAGUGGAAUUAGUGUUUUCAGGAACUCCAGAGAAAAUUCAAGGAUGUGAACACCUUCAGAAUAACCAUGGAGUGAUAGUGGAUUACAAUACCUCAGACCCACUGAUACGCUGGGAUUCCUAUGAAAACAUGAGCCCCGAUGGGGAAGUGCUGCAUACCCAAGGUCCCAUUGAUGGCAGCUUGUACGCAAAGGUGAGAAAGAAGAGCUCUUCAGACAGCAGCAUCCCUGGUGUCGCACAGGGUGUUCCUGUGACUGGUAGUCCUGAUCAUAGUGAUCAUACCCUGUCAGUCAGCAGUGAUUCAGGACACUCAACAGCUUCCAUCAGGACAGACAAGACUGAAGAGCGCCUUGUGCCGGGAGUCAAAAGAGGUCUGAGCCCACAAGAGAAGGCAGAACUGGACCAGCUACUCAGUGGCUUUGGUCUGGAGGAUUCUGUCAACACCACCAAGGAUAUGACUGAUGCUCGAGGGAAGUACAGUGGGAUUCGCCAUGUGGUACCAGCUCAAGUUCAUGUGAAUGGAGACAGCAAGCUGAAGGACAGGGAGACUGAUAUUCUGGAUGAUGAAAUGCCUAAUCACGACCUUCACAGCGUGGACAGCAUCGGGACUUUGUCUUCCUCAGAAGGACAGCACUCUGCCCACCUAGGGAACUUUAGCUGCCACAAGAGCAGUCAGAAUUCGCUUCUUUCAGAUGGCUUUGGAAGUAACAUUGGGGAAGAGCAUCACAAUGCUUUUGCCCCAGAUCUGGGAAUUGGUGUGGAUCCCCUCUAUGAGAGAUCUUUUGGAAGCACUGAGACAAAGUCAACUCAGCAAUUGCAACGGAAUCCUUCUGUCCCCCCUCAGCCUCAAGACUAUGGCCCAAGUAACUACUCUACACAGACCUGGGUACGCCAGCAGCAGAUGGUCACUGCUCACCAGUAUGGUUUUGCCCCAGAGAAUGAGGUUAGGGUUGGCAUUCAUAGCACUGUGGAGAACUCAGGCAGUGCCCAGAGCCCGUCCCGAGUCCCAAACACCCCAACGCGUGGCUCCAGCAGCAGAGAUGCUGUGCAGAGGGGUCUAGGAAGCGUGCCAGGUUCUGAAACUGCAGAACAUGUCAGUGCUGAGAGCUUUAAGUCAAGGCCAAUGCCUCAGAGGGACACAAAUGGCCUGGAUCUGGAACAGAACACAGGAGACUCGCCAGCUUCUCCAACUUUGGAUAUUGAUCAGUCCAUUGAACAACUGAACAGGCUGAUCUUGGAGUUAGACCCUACAUUUGAACCUAUCCCAACCCGCAUUAACAGUGUCACCAGGGACAGAAACCAAGUAAAUGGCUUCACCAGCCUUGAUGUUGAUGUGGAAGGGCUUGGCAGAAGUCCUGGCUUCCAUGAAAGAUUAGAGGUCACAAACAGAAAUCCCUCCCAGCACGCACCAAGUAUGCAAGAUGAUGGUGCUGCAGAGGGGAGGAUCAGAAAGUUAAGUGUUGGGCAGUAUGACAAUGAUGUCCCUGGGCAGCCAUUGUAUAACAGGCUUGGAUGGAUGAAGUCUCCUGCUGCAGACCAGGCUGUAAAUCCAGGAUCACCAGUUCCUGUGGGGAAGACCAAGGAGAUGGCUGUUGCACGUUACCAAGAUGAAAUAGAUGGAGGAGUCUUCUCUCCAUCAAAAAGUGGAAAUGAAACUGUCCUAUCCACACCAGCUUUCCCUCUGUCACCAGAGACAUCCUAUGUGAAAACGCCUCCACUGUACCAUCAGCGGAUUCCCUCCAGCCAAAAGGUCAGCAGCCCAUCUGAGCUGUACAGAACCAGUCCUGAAUCUCGAAGUUACACAGAAGCCAUUAGCCACACUCUGGUGACGUCUGACAGCACUGUGGGCACUAACCCUGCUUUGCUGAAGGCCAACAUGCAGACAGAUCCCUCCUUUCAGCGCUGUUUUGCAUCUUCCUGUACUGUUUCAAGUAACAGCCCUGUCCCAGGGGCAGAAAGCUCUUCUGCACCAGAACUUCCUUGGCUUGAAAGCAGCCCUAAAGCUUCCUCAUCGCUACAGUUUUCAAUGGGAAACAGCAGGCAGCCAGGAGGUUACCUUCUGCCCUCUGAAUUUUCAAACACCAUGCAAGAUGGCUCUCUCUUGACUCGUUUCCAAACUCCAGAACUGCAAGUUGUCACCCUGAACAGCCUGGAGAAUUCACCAGCAGAGCCACAGCAAGAGCCUGCUGUCAGCAGCAGUGCCCGGUCCUACCUGAGCUACAGUGGGGGCAGCAGGAGCAGUAGCUCCCCCCGAGAGGAGAAACAACCUACUUUCAUAGCCAGUACUGGCAUCUGUCCUAAAACAAUGAGCUCGCCAGUGGCAAGUGCCGAGGACAAUGGCUCUUUGACACAAAACUUUCUUGCAGUGGCCUCUGGACACAAUAGCCAGAACAGUGUGGUUCAGCAGCAUCAUGGAGGGAACCUGCAUGCCCAGCCACCUCUCCCAGAGAAAAAGCGGUCCUCUGAAGGAGACCGUUCCUUUGCUUCUGUAUCACCUUCUUCAAGUGGCUUCUCCAGCCCCCACAGUGGAAGCACAAUCAGCAUCCCCUUCCCAAAUGUCCUCCCAGAUUUCUCAAAAACGUUAAGCAUUUCCCCAGUGCCAGAAAACACAACAGAUAAACAUGUGACUGUUAAAUUUGUCCAGGACACAUCCAAGUUCUGGUAUAAGCCAGAUAUUUCAAGAGAACAAGCCAUUGCUGUUCUCAAGGACAAGGAGCCUGGCUCAUUCAUUGUUAGAGACAGUCAUUCCUUCCGGGGAGCCUAUGGGCUGGCCAUGAAAGUUGCUACACCACCUCCUUCUGUGCUGCAGUCAAACAAGAAAGCUGGAGAUUUGUCAAAUGAACUUGUAAGGCAUUUUCUGAUUGAAUGCACUCACAAGGGGGUACGCUUGAAAGGAUGCCCAAAUGAACCAUAUUUUGGUAGUUUGACAGCACUGGUGUACCAGCAUUCCAUCACACCACUGGCAUUGCCCUGCAAGCUUCUCAUCCCAGACAGAGAUCCCUUGGAGGAGAUAGCAGAAACCUCUCCACAAACUGCUGCAAACUCAGCUGCGGAGCUUCUCAAACAGGGUGCAGCAUGUAAUGUUUGGUACCUGAAUUCAGUGGAGAUGGAGUCCCUCACGGGCUACCAGGCAGUGCAGAAAGCUUUGAGCAUGACGCUGAUGCAAGACCCUUCUCCCAUCUCAACUGUUGUCCAUUUCAAGGUGUCUGCACAGGGAAUCACACUGACUGAUAAUCAAAGAAAACUCUUUUUUCGGCGACACUACCCAGUCAACACUGUUAUUUUCUGUGCUUUGGAUCCACAGGAUAGAAAAUGGAUGAAAGAUGGCCUCUCUGCAAAAGUGUUUGGGUUCGUUGCCAGGAAGCAAGGCAGUGCCACAGACAACGUGUGCCACCUAUUUGCAGAGCAUGAUCCGGAGCAACCCGCCAGCGCUAUUGUGAACUUUGUAUCAAAGGUCAUGAUUGGAUCUCAGAAGAAGAUCUGAUACCUUUCCACCCUUGUCUCAGCGUUCUUCAGCGAUGUAACUGAAAGGAAGCACUUUGAGAGGGAGAAAGCCUUUUCAGCUGCAGCAUCUGAACCUUGUCAUUCCCAAGAAGGAAAGCAGAGGACAGUCAUCUGCAUUGUGUUUGCAAGAGUUCAGCCUUUCCUUUGAAGAUGCCUCUGACUUAACAAAGCAUUUCUUUGAUUUUUAUAUCAGAGGACAAAACAAAAGAAGCUGGGUGCCACCCAGACCCAUGUAGCCCACACCUGAAUGAAGCAUAAAUUGGAAACUUUUCUCCUGAAGGGUUUCUGAUGUCUUUUCACAUGCUAUUUCUCAUCAUUUAUUGGAGCAGAAGCACUCACUAGGCUGUGCUACUUUCUUUAUGCAGAAAAUGUUUUGUAUAACCUUCACAAAGACACUUGCCUUAAUUGCAUCAAUGGUAGCUAUAGGCCUUGCCAGCAUGCUCUGAAGAAGAUAAUGGUCUGUGGAAGACUAUUUGCUCUUCUCUUUGGGAACUGAAUGGAGAAAGGGGGAGGUGUAUGUGAAGAGGAGGUUUGUGCAAGUUGACUUCUUGUGAGAAAGAAGUGGCAAUGUGGAAUUUUCAGGGACAUUGCUCUGUAUUUAGUGUUUAGAAAGCUGGGCUGGUUUAGUGUGAAAAAUAAGGAAGAGGUGGUGGAACAAAAAAAAAAAGGUUGUGUGGAACUCUAGCCUGUAGUUGGGGGGUUUUGUAUCAUUUUUGUUUUAUACAGAGAACUAAGAUUCUGUAUUUUAAUAAUGGAAAGAUAAAAAAUGAGGGAAAAGCAAAGAAGAAAAUUUUAUAAUUUAUAUAUUUUUACCUGUGUCAGAUUAUUUAUAGUAGUUCUCAGAUCUUGGUAUGUCUUGCAGAUAUUCUCAAACUAGACCAUGGUUGAGCACUAUUUUGCAUAAGUAAAAGUGUGACUAGCCUGUGCCUUGUUACACACAGCAGUCUCAUAUUUUGGCUUUUGUCUUACAGUGACAAGAUGUUUCCCAUUUCCUGCCUCUCAUACUGUCUUGCUAGUAACAUUUGUUCCCCCCACCUAGAACACCAUUACAUUUAUGCAUUCUUUUGACCUCCUUUUUUAGUGGAGUUGUAGGCAUUUCUUUUUUUGAUUGAUUUUUUUAUCUGUAUUUUUGAUUCAUAAUGUCUUUUUAAUUAUGCCUUGAGUCAGGAAAUCCAAAAGGGAAUGGAAUUGAUUUUGUUAACUCUGUCCCAGUUCUUGCAGGCAUUUAUGGGAUGAUUUCUCCAUCCCUCCCAGUUGUGCAUAUCUCUGUACCUUCCUGAACACAUGGUUGUUUUUAACACCUAACGAAGUACUAGUUAGCAUUACAGGACACUGAUGCAGGAAGAAGUGACAGUGGAAACCUUCCCAAGCAGAGCAAACUGCUGAGGUCUGCUGUGUAAUUCCUACUCGCUCCAAACCAAUCGGUACUAGACCCCCAUACUGGAGUUGAUGGUAACAAAGCAGUUUCAGUUUCAUAGGGCUGAACAGUUUUCUUUGCCUCGCUCUUUCUGAUUUGUGUCUGUCAAUAUGAUGUUAAUAAUCUGAGGAAUAAAAUGACAUGCUGAAUUCAGCAUGCCAUUGAGUGAGGCACUGGACUGACUACGAACUGUACGCACUUAGAGGAUUCAAUCCUUUUUAUCCACUUCUACUAAAUAAUGGUUAAAUGGAAUGGGAAACUGUAGCUGGGCUGUAUGUUAAGGUUUCAUCAACUUGAGCUACAUUUGUCUAUUAUGAACUAUUACUUGUUAGCAGAUCUUUUCCUAUUUCCUAACAUACUGGGACCAUAGAAAGCUUAUUCAGUGACCAUAGCCAAGGUGUUACUGAAUUAUUUGUGUAACUGAAUUUUAUAUAAAUAACCUUAUACUUUUUAAAAG